CAGGCAGUAAAUGAUAUUGGUGGUGGCGCUUGACUGCGGCUGUGGCGGCGGGCAGUCCAUCGCUAGCGGCAGCUGCUCAGUCAGUUCUCGCGCGGCAGUCGGCCUGCUACCAGGGAGCUCUUCCUUACAGACUUAACUCCAUUGUUGCUGAUUAAUGGAGGAAGAUUAUUUCUCCAACUACACAGAUUACGAGUACGACGUAGACGAUGACUGCUUCUUUAACUUCUCCGACUACGGCAACAGCGCCGAGCCACGCUCUUGGGGCUGUUUCUACUGGGAUGAGUUGCUGCCGGCUCUGGUGGUGUACAGUCUGACUCUGCUGCUAGGCGUGGUAGGCAACGUGCUCAUCGUCUUCACCACCUGCCGCUACCGGCGCAUGAAGACACCCACCAAUGUGUUUCUCUCAAGCCUCGCCUGUGCCGACUUGCUGCUCAUAAUCAUCUGCAUCCCGGUCAAAGUAGCCAAGCUGUUCUCGUACACAUGGGAAAUGGGGUUCUUCCUGUGUAAGUCAGUUCAUUACCUGCAGAACAUGGUGGCCAUCUGUUCUGUGCUCACGCUCACCGCAAUAAGUGUUGAAAGGUACUACGCUAUUGUGCAUCCUAUGAAGGCAAAAUAUAUUUGCACCAUUAGUCAAGCAAAGAAAAUAAUUCUAUCGACGUGGGUUGCUUCGGUCCUUCUUGCGAUGCCAACUCUGCACAUACAAGUUCACAUGGAAGUGGGGCAUUACUUUAAAGCAUACUACUGUUCCUUGGACUAUGACAACAGACCGCAUUUACAGCUUUAUAUGGUCUACAUGCUAUUCCUGAUAUUCAUCAUUCCCACCACCGUCAUGUUGGUGACAUACAGCACCAUCUGCUGGGAGAUACGCCAAGUUAUGAAGCAGAGGCACCAUAUGGUUAGUGGCCAAGCCAUUUUGAGACCUGAGAACAUCCCUCUAGCGAGUAAACCUCAGAAUGGAAACACUACAACAAUCCUGCCUCCUCAAGACGAUAAAGGAAGCAAUGUCAGACAGGUGAUAAAAAUGCUUGUGCUAAUUGUGGUUGUUUUUGUUGUCUGCUGGGCUCCAAUACUUAUACUGGACGUCUUAACAGCUUUCCAAGUCCUUGAGGAAUAUUCUACAGGGUUCUUGAAACAUGUCAGAACUACCUUCCACCUUAUGUCCUACUUUAACAGCUGUGUUAAUCCAAUAAUUUACGGCUUCAUGUCAAAAAACUUCAGAGAAAGUUUCCAGAAGGCUUUGAGCAGAUGUUGUCGACAGCAUCUGAGACGUCAGCUGUCCGUGUCACAGAGCAGAGGAACUUCGAUCCGUUUCCGAGACCGUUCCACAGUGGUCACUCAGAUCACUUCUAACUGACCACCAGAUAGAUGCACAACUGUGGCUGGAGCACACUAACAUGGCAUUAUUGCCAACACUAUAGACCAAUAAUUGUGAUGUCAGCAAUUCCACAGGGAGAACAGUAUACACACAAUAUUUUACAAUAAUGCAGGCAUAAAAAAGAUGCCAGUAAAUAUUGUGGAACAUUACUUUUGCUCAAAAUUAAUGGACACUUGUCUAUUAUUGUUUUCUAACUUUAAAAUGGUUUUAAAAUGUAUUAAAUUUUAUCCAUACUGCACUUAUAACUAUUGAGUUGUUUAGUAAAUAAUUACAAGGCCCAAUUCUACCUGAUGCUAAUUAGUUCAACAAUUAUUUAGUUUAUCCCCCUUGACAUGAACCAAGAGCACUUGCAUAUUACUUGAGUUAAAUAAACGUAACUUAUGUAAUUGACUAGUUGGGAGAUUUCUUCUUACUGCUUCAUAUGCAUAUUUUACAUUUGCUUUAAUAUUCUCCUGAGAACAAAUUGCUGCCCUUAAUUUUAAAACGGAGAUGCCAACAGCCUUGAGAGUUCCUUUUUUCCAAACAGUACUCUCCUUAUUCUUCUCAAUUUCUUUCUUGAGUAUCUGAAAUAGCAAAAUGGUUUUCACAAACAUUGUUCAUUGUACAAAUAAUAAUCUAGAGUGACCAGAAGCAGGCGUGUCCUCUGGUAUACUUACCCCAGUUCCCUGGUCUGUGUUUUUCCAAUCAUAGAUACAUGGGUAAACUGAGAAUUUCCCAUAGCCACAUGACAUCCUGAUUCUGAUCUCCAACACCUGUGUCACAAUGAUCAAAAUCCAAAGAGACUGCUCUGAUUGCUCUAUUUUUCCCCACCUCUCAUCAGAGAAAGCUUCAUCAGUCCCCAGAAGCAUGCCAGUUGAGGGCCUGAAAAUGGUUGGGUCUCCAGUCUGGCUCCAAUCUUGAAAUCCAUUCACCAUAUAUGAUCCUAAGGAUAGCAAGCUACAACCAGCAUGUUUCUCGAGGUUAUAGAGACAUGCAAGCCAUCCCACCAAUGUCAAAUCUUUGACACCAUUGAGAGAUGAAAGGUAUUAUAAUUUUAAAUACCUACUGACACAUAUAAAUUAGAUAUGAUUUCUCAAAAUGCUUUCCUCUCGCAACUGCAAGUAAAAAAAUUAUCUCUUCACAUAUGAGAUUGAUCUAUGUCAGAGAUCUUAACUAUGGUGGCUAAACUAUGCUAUACCUUAAAAUAUCAUUGCCAAGUACCAGAAAUUUACACAAAAUAAGUAGAUUUAGUUACAAAGGUGGCUAUUGUUUUGUAUAUAUAUAUAUAUAUAUAUAUAUAU